AUGACUUCAAAAAGAGUAUAUUGUGGAGAUUGUGAGAAGAGUUGGGUGAGAAAAGUUGACUAUGAGAAACACUUUGAACUUGAGAAUAUUAAGCAAAAGGAUGGUGGAAAGUUAAUAAAGAAUCCUUGUUAUAAAAGAAAACGAAGAACUGUUGGAUACUCUCUGAAUGAAGCGUGUGCCAACAAGAAGCAAAGGAUGCUAUUCUGCACUACAGCAACAACAGUUGAAGAACCAGCUGCAACUGUGUCAGUUCUAGCUGCCCAGCCUAACGAAUAGGACACAGUUCCUGCUGAUAUCAUAACAGAAUUUCAGCAGAACUCAACUCAGAGCAGUGACAGUGUAGCUCAACAUAUAGAUUCCGACCCUCAACUCACCGAGCUUAAUCUUGCUAGCUUAGAUGGUAACAGUUCAACCAAUCUGAUUAAAACCAUUACUGCUGUAACAGAAGCAAGUAGCUCAGUGAUACUAGACAAACUUGACUCUGUCCUUACAGGAGUUAAAAUAUUAUCAAAUAAAAUUGAUACAGCCAGAGAACUCAAUUCUGUUAGACGUCCUACUAUGCCAAUAGAGUCAUCUGAAUGUGUCAGUGUUCCUCAGAAAGACCAAUAUGAGAAGCUUGUUGACGCUAUUAGGUGUAGCAGCUGUACCAGCAUGGAGCUUGUGAUGAACAACCAGCUAAUCAAGGGAGUGUUUGAAAUCGAGCAAGCUGAUGAUCAGGAAUCAGAGAAAUUAGUUUGCAAAGCAUGUAAGAAAUGGGCUAAGGGCCCUGCAACUAAAUUAGGAUUUGAUCUUGUCAGUGGUUCAACUUACUCUAUCUGGGCUUCUGGGGUAAAAAAACCAAUGGAAAAAUGGUUUUCCAACAUGAAGCAAAAGUUGGCUCAACAUCUUAUGACAGAUGCCCACCAUAAUGCUCUUAAAACGGAAAUGUGUCAUGCUGCAGAAAUCCUACGAAAGAAAGAUGAGAUUUUCAAAACUAUGAGACAUCUUGCUUACCUCGCUAUCAAAUCUAAUCUGCCCUUAGAUCAGUUUCCAACGUUGCUUGCAACUGUUAAUGCUUGUGGUUUGGAGCUUGGUAAUAUCAAUCACUCAAGAGCUUUCAUCACUCAAUUUUUGGAACUGGUCAAUGUGGAAUUAAUCAAGAAAACAGCAGCCUGGUUUGACGAGCAAAGUGAAAUUACAUUGACUCUUGAUAUUGGAACAGUUUAUGGCAUGACGUUAUUAGCAGUGUUGUUUAUGAGCAAUGGGAAAGUAAAACUCGCUGACCUCGCACCCAUUACCUCGAAGAAGGGAGAAGAUGUCGCUAAUGUUUGCUUUGAAUCUUGUAAACUGCAUGAAAAGGUAAUGCAUAUUUUAAAUAUUUCAAGAACUCUGCAGUUCCCUUGACGCUUCAAAAUAAAAUCUACCGAGAGUUUUACUGAGUUUAAGCAUUGGGAUAGGCGUGUUAAUACAACUUAUUGCUGUCUGAUGAUGCCUUGGAUAUUGCUAGAUUGAUACAGAUUGUUAAUGUUUUAAAACUUAACGUAUUUUUCAGAUUAAAGAGGAGGACUUAAAAGAGAAAGUCGUUGGUAUAACGGGAGAUGGAGCGUUUGCUAAAGGAAACAAGCCCUUCAAGAAUACUAUUGCCGCUCUUCUAGGGAAAGAAGUCACUAUCAGGUGGGACUUGCUCCAUUUAAUCAACUGCGCCCACAAAGAAGCACGAGGCAAGGCGAAAUAUGAUCAGGACGAGGUAGUUGAGCACACAACCGACUCCGAUGAUAUGGAAGACGAUGUGAACCAACGAGAGAUGAGCUCGCUGGUCUCGGAGCUUAUUGACUAUAUACAGGUAACGUGGGGUCAUGCAUAGAACUUGAAUAAGUCGAAACUGUCGAAGGUGCUGCCUAUUAACGUUGGUCCAGAAAUAAAUCAUUUGUCAAUCUAAACUCUUCAGUAGAUGUUUCCCGAAUCCCGAGAUAGUUAAAGCCGGUUUUCGUCUUGGAAUUUUUUUCGGGCGAAGAGAAUUUUUCUUUUGUCUCCAUCCAAUUAGUUGAUUUAGUUCUAGAUAGUCAAGUUGAGAGACCAAAGAAAAACGAAAAAUUCGCUUCGCGCGAAAGAAUUCACAAGUGGUAAACCAGCAGUUAUAACAGUCUCGACCCAAGCUGCUUUUCACAAUUCAUACGGUUUUUGCUUACAUAUUCGUUAAAACAUCAAGAGCAACGCAUUGUUGACGCAUGUACAUAGUACAUAUCAAAACUAUGUGUGUCGCAGUAUGUAAAUUGUCAAUUUGUCAGCAAUUAUAAUCAAUCACUAAUACCUCCUUUCAUACACAUAUUAAGGAUGAGGCAAAACGCUAUCGCACGGGUAUACGAUACACACAAUUGAAAAUGGUUAACCUGAGGAAUUUCAAGCGUCCAAAAGUCUGGAGUGGUACAAGAAUGGUUGUUUACGAGUUUGAGAUGUUGGAGCGAUUUCUAGAAAAUGCGUUGUAUUUUGACAUUCCAUCUAAGUAUAUCCUGCUAGCACAAUGUCAUGGACUCGUCAUGUUUGCUCUGAAGAUAAUCCUGAAGAAUGUACAGAGGACAGAUUUGACACACAACUAUGUGCAAUCUGUCAUUGUUGGAAAUGUAAUUUUUUAUGUUACAUUAUUUUACAACACGAAUUAAGGCUCUUUAAUGUGUUCGACAUUCAAGUAGACCAUACUGAAGUUGUACAACCAGCUAACACAAUCUCGUUUCAGGUUGGUUUGAAUGCAAUGAAGCUGGCAUGCAGAGUAGCCAAAGACUUUCAUGAUGAAGUCAGCCUUGAUUAUCUUGAUCAUGAUAUUGAUUUGAUUGAAGAAACAAAUAUUUGUUUGCAAUCAAAGAAGAGUUUUUGUAAGGAGCUGUCAGAGUAUCUUGUAAAGAAAGGUAGCAUCUAUACCAAGCAAGAGAGUUAUGACCGAGCAACUAGAUCUGCUCCUUUUUCCAUGAAUGAUGCCAAAGCUGCAAGUUUACUGUACACUGAUCUUCUUUGGAGAGCCAUUAGAAAGCGACUACA